AUGGCUACGAGACGAUUGAGCGUCAAAUCAGGAACGAAAUCCCAGCAGCACACGAUUGCCGUCCAGAAUGACGAUGCAACGCUCGAAAGAUUAGGUGUGAAGCAAGAGCUGCAUCGAAGCUUCUCAUUCUUGUCGGGCUUGGGACUUGCUUUCUCUAUCUUGAACUCAUGGACAGCUCUAGGCGCAAGCAUGUCAUUGGCACUUCCCAGUGGCGGUCCUUCCGCCGUUAUUUGGGGUCUGGUGGUCGCUGGCAUUUGCAACUUGUGUCUGGCGGCGUCCUUGAGUGAGUUCGUGUCCGCUUAUCCGACCGCCGGAGGUCAAUACCAUUGGGUCGCGGUGAUAAGUUGGAAACGAUGGGUGCCGCUCCUUUCCUGGAUUACUGGCUGGAUUAACACCGCCGGCUGGGUCGCCUUGUCCGCUGCCGCAGGUCUUCUUGGGAGCUCCCUUAUCCUGGGCAUUAUCUCGCUGAUGGACCCGUCUUUUGAACCUCAGCGUUGGCAUCAAUUCCUCAUCUAUCUCGGGUACAACAUUGUCGCCUUUCUGGUCAACGCUUUCAUGACAAGGCUCCUUCCACUGAUCACUCAAUCAGCAUUAAUCUGGUCUCUUCUUGGUUGGGUUGUGAUUUCGAUCACUGUUCUCGCGUGCGCAUCACCAAAUUAUCAAAGCGGCCACCUUGUCUACGGCACCUUCAUCAAUGAAACAGGCUGGCCGAAUGGCCUUGCUUGGCUACUGGGCCUUCUGCAGGGGAGCUUCGGCCUCACUGCAUAUGAUGCUGUCGCUCACUGCGUAGAAGAGCUCGGAGAUGCUGUUGUUCAGGCACCGCGAAUCAUGAUGGGUUGCGUUCUAAUUGGUGUCAUAACUGGCUUCAUCUACCUCUCGAUCCUACUCUUCGUCUCGAAAGACCUCGAUACAGUGAUUACUUCCGCUGCCGGCCCAAUGCUGCAGAUAUUCUAUGAUGCAACAGGCAACAAAGCAGGCGCCAUUUGCUUGCUUAUGUUCCCACUCAUUUGUUUGCUAUUUGCCGGAAUCGCCAUCAUGACCACGAGCAGCCGAAUGGUUUACGCAUUCGCUCGAGACGGAGGUCUUCCAGCGUCACGGCAUCUAGCCAAAGUCCACAAAGGGCUAGCCGUCCCACUGAACGCUCUCAUACUCACAGCCGUUCUUGUCACAGUCUUUGGAUUGAUUUUCCUCGGCUCGUCAAGCGCCUAUAAUGCUAUCAUAUCAGCCUCCGUAGUUGCGCUGGGGGUUACCUAUGCCAUUCCUCCCACUAUCAACUGCCUGCAAGGCCGAAAGGCCCUUCCGGAAACUCGAGGGUUUAUUCUGCCAAAGUCUGUUGGCUGGAUUUGCAACUUGGUGGGAAUUGCCUAUACGCUGAUCACAACUGUGUUGUUCAUGUUUCCUCCGUUUACACCUGUAACAGGCAGUAACAUGAACUACUGUGUUGCGGCCUUUGCAAUUGUAUUGGUCGUUUCCGUCGUCCAGUGGUAUGUCGACGGCCGGAAGAACUACACUGGGCCCCGCCUCAACCUGGAAGCGCUCAAAAGUGGGGAGGUCAUAGGGAUGGCACCUGUUGAGGUUACCCAGCAUCAAGGAGUUUACUACACUGGAGGCAAGGUUGCCACUCUACCCAACGAGAUGCAAUGA